UUUUUCUAUGCAAAAGUUGUCCCGGUGAACCCGGUGAACCCUCACACAACGAAAGAAAAAACGCUUCGACUAGGAAAUAUUAGUUAAAUUCACGCUGUACCCGUACGCUUAUUAAAACCGAAAAUAUCACACCAUGAACCGGUCUCUUGAUAGCCGAUUUGAGAUUCAAAUUAGUAGAGUUUAGUUUUGUAACAAUGAAUUUUCCUUAACGGAACGGAGCAUUAAAUAAUUAAAUCAAAAUUCAAAAUCACAAAAAAUGGGCCUAAUUUUAAUUUCUUGUAGAAAUCCGUAACUGUAACCGUAACCAUACCACGUUGCCAACAGUCACGCUAAAAACACUUGCAUUCAAUUUCAAAAAUGAUAACAAGUUCAACAAGUUGUUAUUGAUAAUGAUAAAUUUGUUGAUAACCCGGCUAACUUCAGUUCAAAGUUCAGUAUUUUUCAUGCUUUUUAAUUUAAACGAGGAAUUCGAUAAAUGGUGUAGACGUUUGUGAUGAAAACCCGUAAAUAAUUUUACUGACGCAUGUGUCAACAAUAUGGAUUUAUCUAAUAGUUUUCCUGAAGAGAAAUCCCAGCAGGGCGAGCUUGGAACUUCAAGUGAUCAAGUUACCUCAAACCAGUUCAAAAGUAAUAUCUCCUGUAAGAUUGAAAAUGAUGCGUAUCAGCCUGAUCAAGAAAAUGACGAGCCUUACGAAAUUCAAGCUGAAACUGAUGAGCAGUUUACAAAAAAUGAAGACUUGUGCGUCGCAUGUGGACAUGUCUCAGCGUACGAAUUUUUUAGUUUCCCGAUUAAUGCUGAUAUUCGACAGCAGUGGGCGAAGUUUUGUGAUAUAAAUUUAGAUAAAAUAAAACCACAUUUUCGCCUUUGUGAUGGGCAUUUCAAACCCGAAGACUACCAAAUCACGAUGCAACGUAGAGUAUUGAUGCCGACAAGUGUUCCAACGUUACCACCAAAAGUGAAACACAACUUCACGCCUUCGAUUGUGAAUAGUUUUUCAAUGCCAAGGUCGAAUAUAAACACAUCGCAAAAUACGAUCUGCAGCUCGGACUUCGAAAAAAACACUACCACUGCCGAUGCUCCUGGUAAACAAUUCUGCAGGAAAUUUAGAGAUAUUACGAAUAAUCAUGACACCGUUCCUCCUAAGGCAGCGAAAUUGACGACGAAGAAAAACUUGAAACUUGGGAAGUGUCAACUGUUGACGAAAAAUUUUCGAUCCGAAAUUUUCAGAUUGAAAAUACGAUGUUCUCGUCUCGAAGAUACUUUUGCCAACUUUAAAAAUGAAAUCAAGCAACAGGUUGAUGAGUGCUUCGUUACACGAGCAAAUACUGCCGGAAAUGUUACGAAAAGUAAUCAAAACUCGACUUCAUCGAUUAACGCUUCCUCAGAAAAUUCGAGGCACAAUCUUUGUAAUACGAAAGCACGAACUGAUCAGCGUUCUGUAAAAGAUGCAGAUGGUUACUCUACGGAUACGAGUAUGGCUUCCCUAGCUAUAUCGAUCGACGAUCCUCAGAAAGUAGAAGUAAAACCAGAACUAUUUACCGAAGAAGUUAUGCUCGAAUUCGAUGAACCUGCCGAAAGGGUUGCCGAAGAAAAUCACCAUGUGAAUUCGACAAUUUCUCCCCCAGAACUAUCUACCGACGGUCUUCAUAAUGCGGUGGCAAAACUUGAACAAUUUUCAAACGAAGUAGCGAACGCAGAAACUUCCAGAAAUGUAACUGAAAAUAAUCGCUGCCCUUUGACUACGUCUUCUGCAGAAAAUUCGAAUAGGAGACGUUGCAGUACAGAGGAUCCACCUGCGCAACAUUUCGAAGAAGCACCUCCGGAACCGGAAAAUUCUAACGAAGAUAGUCAAUCUCCAAAUUCUACCAUUCCUUCCUCAGAAACGUCGCAUGAGAGUCGUAAUAACGCAGAGGUGCGAGCAGGAUGCUCAAAAACUCAAGAAAACUCCAGUCAAGUUCGGAUUACUCGAUAUGCAAAACAGAAAAAACAUCUCCUAAGCGUAAAAAAGCCAACGCCAAACUCCAGCAAUGUUUCAAACAAGGUAGAGGUACGGAUGCAGAAUUUAUUCCCCUAUUGUUGCGAUAUUUGUGGUGCAAUGUUUUCCUACGAAGAUGAUUGGACAAGACACCAGCAGCAAGAACAUAAGAAGCCGUUUCACUGCCAAGUCUGUGACAAACGGUUUACUAAUAAAAGCCAUUUAAUUAGACAUCGAUUCACACAUAGUGAAAACAGACCCUACAAAUGCAGCAUUUGUGACGUACGAUUCAAGCACAAUUACAGUAAAGUGGUGCACGAACGCAGGCAUGAGGAAGGAGCUGGUUUUGAGUGCGCUGAAUGCGGAAAAAAGGUAUCCCAAAAAUACUCUCUCAUUGAACACCUGAGGCUACAUUCCGGUGUGAAACCAUUUUCUUGCCAAACAUGUAGCAAAAGUUUUGCUCUAAAAGUCUAUCUUACUAAGCACCAACGGACGCAUGGUGAAGAGAAACCCUACAAAUGCCGCUUUUGUGAUGCAGGAUUCAAGCAGAGUGCGCAUAAAUCGGUGCACGAACGCGUGCAUGUGAAAGGAGCUUGUUUUGAGUGCACUGUUUGCGGAAAAAAGUUUUCCUAUAAAGCAAAUCUCGUUGCACACCUGAGAGUACAUUCCGGCGUGGGCGGCGUGAAACCGUUUUCUUGCAAAACGUGCAGCAAAAGCUUUGCUCGAAAAACACUUCUUACUAGGCACCAAUGGACGCAUAGUGAAGAGAAACCCUUCAAAUGCCGCAUAUGCAACCAAGGAUUCAAGAGUAACGAUCAUAAAUGGAGGCACGAACGCGUGCAUGUGAAAGGAGCUUAUUUGGAGUGUGCUGAUUGCGGGAAAAAGUUUUCAUAUAAAGAGUCUCUCAUUGCACACCUGAGACUACAUUCCGGUGUGAAACCAUUUCCCUGCCAAACGUGUAGCAAAAGUUUUACUCAAAAUGAAUAUCUUACUUCGCACCAACGGACGCAUACUAAAGAGAAACCCUUCCAAUGCCGCAUAUGCAACCUACAAUUCUGUCAUCAAGGGACCCGGGCACAGCAUGAACGUUUCCAUGUGGAGGGCCCUCGUUUUGAGUGUGCCCAUUGCGGCAACAAGUUCCGCUAUAAGAGCGUCCUGGCCAAUCACUUAUCAUCUAAAUGUACUUAAAUUUCAGUAAUUGACUAGGCACCUAUUAAAAUGUGUACAGAUUCAAAGUUACCGAUUUCUUAAAUUUAGUUUGUUCUUGGAGAUUAGCGUAUAAAUUCCUUACUUAUUAAGUAGGUACUCGAAAUGUGCUUCAAUGUAUUUGGGAAAAAAUAUACAUGGUAUUUUAUG